AAGUACUUUUAUUUGCAUUUCUAUUUGUUUAGCAAACAUUUAGAAAGCUCUAUUAAUGAAUUGGAAAUAAUAAUAAAAUAAAUAACGAAAAGCAAAAAUAGAAACAAAAAUUUUUAUUAUACCUUUUUUUUUUUAUUUUGAGGUUUGUUUGGGUAAUUUUUGGAAGAAAAUAAUUAUAGGAAAAAGGGGGGGAAAAGACAGAAGGGUUCUUGUUCUAUCUCUCUCUCUUCCAUGGUUGAAUCAAGAGAGAAAAGAAAGAAAAAAAAAGUAAAUUUUGAUUUUUUUUUCUUUUAACAAAAAUAAGAAAACAGGGAGAGAUGUUUCAGAGAGAGGAAGUCUUUGCAAGCAGAGAGCUUUGACUCUUCUCUCUCUCUCUCUCUCUUAUCAUCUUUCUAAGCAUUUUUUCUCACACAUUGAAUUGUCUUCCUUUUACAUUGUACCCACAAGAUAUAUAUAAAAAAAAAAACUUUUCGUUUUCUCUGCAGUGAAAGAAGUUUCAUUUCCGAAACCCUGGUGGGUUUUCCUCAGAUUCUUUUCUCAGUGCUCAAAUUGCAAAAGGAAAUUGAAAGGAAAUUUGGAGUUGAGAGCUUUUGCUUGUUUUUGAGUGUUUUUUAUUCAUGGGAAAUUGCUGUGCUACCCCUGGGUCUCCAGUUCAGAGUAAUAAAAAAGGGAAAAACAAGAACAAAGCUAAUCCAUUUUUUGGUGAUGAUUAUGCUGUCCCUAAUGGAUCUGCUACUACUUUCAAGUUACGGGUUUUGAAGGAACCCACUGGGCAUGACAUUUCAGCUCAAUAUGAUUUAGGCCGUGAGCUGGGGCGUGGUGAAUUCGGCGUAACGUAUUUGUGUACUGAUGUGAACUCAGGUGAUAAAUUUGCUUGUAAAUCGAUAUCCAAGAAGAAACUUAGGACUGCAGUGGAUAUCGAGGAUGUGAGGAGGGAGGUACAGAUAAUGAAGCAUUUGCCUAAGCAUCCUAAUAUUGUUUCGUUGAAGGAUGCUUAUGAGGAUGAUGAUGCUGUGCACAUUGUGAUGGAACUGUGUGAGGGAGGAGAGUUGUUUGAUAGGAUUGUUGCAAGGGGACACUACACUGAACGGGCAGCUGCAGGGGUUAUGAGGACGAUUGUCGAAGUUGUUCAGAUGUGUCAUAAACAUGGAGUCAUGCAUCGUGAUCUCAAACCAGAGAAUUUUUUGUUUGCAAAUAAGAAGGAAACUGCCCCAUUGAAGGCAAUUGAUUUUGGGUUGUCAGUCUUCUUCAAACCUGGUGAGCGUUUUAAUGAGAUCGUCGGUAGUCCAUAUUAUAUGGCUCCAGAGGUUCUUAAACGUAAUUAUGGCCCAGAGGUUGAUGUUUGGAGUGCUGGAGUUAUCCUCUAUAUUUUACUUUGUGGUGUCCCACCAUUCUGGGCAGAGACUGAGCAGGGUGUGGCACAGGCAAUUAUUCGCUCUGUUAUUGACUUUAAGAGGGACCCAUGGCCAAAGGUUUCUGAUAACGCAAAGGACCUUGUAAGGAAAAUGCUUAACCCUGAUCCAAAGCAGCGUCUUUCUGCUCAGGAAGUGCUUGAACAUCCAUGGUUACAAAAUGCCAAGAAAGCUCCCAAUGUUCCGCUGGGUGAGACUGUGAAAGCUAGACUCAAACAAUUUUCUGUGAUGAACAAGCUGAAGAAGAGAGCUCUAAGGGUGAUUGCUGAGCAUUUGUCACUGGAGGAAGUAGCUGGCAUAAAAGAGGCGUUUGAAAUGAUGGACACUCGAAAACAAGGCAAAAUAAACCUUGAGGAGCUUAGGAUGGGGUUGCAAAAGCUUGGUCAACAAGUUCCUGAUGCAGAUUUGCAGAUCCUAAUGGAAGCUGCUGAUGUUGAUGGUGAUGGAACUCUUAAUUAUGGAGAGUUUGUAGCAGUUUCAGUUCACCUCAAGAAAAUGGCCAAUGAUGAGCACUUGCAUAAAGCUUUUGCUUUCUUUGAUCUAAAUAAAAGUGGUUAUUUAGAGAUAGAAGAUCUGAGAGAUGCCUUAAAUGAUGAAGUUGACACCAGUAGUGAGGAAGUUAUCAAUGCCAUUAUGCAUGAUGUUGACACUGACAAGGAUGGGCGCAUAAGUUAUGAGGAGUUUGUUGCAAUGAUGAAGGCUGGUACCGAUUGGAGAAAGGCAUCGAGACAAUAUUCACGGGAAAGAUUUAACAGUCUAAGCUUGAAGUUGAUGAGGGAUGGUUCCUUGCAAUUAGCCAAUUGA